UUCAAACGAAGUGCACGUCAAGUUAUAAGGCGCUGCUCAUAAUGACUUAUCCGUCCAUUUUUACCACAAAUCACUUGCAUAGUACGUCUUUCCAAACCAUCAUCACCGUUUUCUGGUAACAUAAGUCCCAUCACGUUUCAGAAUGCUGCAGUUUUCUGGAAAGGACCCGACAAAGAUACGAUUUGGAAGGAGCCAACUGUGCGGCUUCAAAAAUGGCUAUAACUUUGUGGGGCAUGGCGGCCCUCUUAGCUGUGCCGACUCGGCCCCAGGCCUGGAAGGAAUGCUGGACGAGCUAGCCGACCAUGAUCCUAUUCUUACUUAUGGUGAUCCAAAGUCAAAACGUGGACCAAAAACCAGAUUUGUACCAUCGUAUGUAGCAUACGACAAAAAAGUUUUGAAGUUCUUGGCAUACUUUAAGCAAAAAACGCCAAAUUCUCAGGAGGAGAAGUAUCGUAUUCGGUAUGUACACAUCCUGUAUUUUCUCGAGGACGACACCAUCUGCAUCAUGGAGCCAAACGUCGACAACUCGGGAAUUCCGCAAGGCAAACUGCUUCGCCGUCACCGCGUGCCCAAGAACGACGCCGGAGAGUACUACCACUGGCGGGACUUCGACGUGCAGGACGACGUCUGCUUCUACGGCCUGUACUACCACAUCUACGACUGCGACCCGUUCACCCGCCAGCUGUAUGAAAGCGAGGGGAUCGACUUACGCGCGGCGGACGAGUCUACUCCGGAUGACCCGUACAUUCAUGACCGGAAGAUGAGGUUGCUUCCCCACACGUACGUGACUCCACCCCAGUGGGACAAGCUGCGGCAAUUCUUGCACAUGGACCGCAAGGUGCUCAGGUUCUACGUCGUGUGUGACGACAGGGAUGAGCUGUACGGGGAGCUGAGGAAGUAUAUCCUGCUGUACUACCUGGCGGACGACACCAUCGAGAUCCUUGAGGUGCAUAAGAAAAACGACGGGCGGGACCCGUUCCCAUGCCUGCUGCGACGCCAGAAAGUGCCCAAGAAGAUGCACCACUCCCUGACGUUUCCAUCCAUUAACCUCGAGGUCAGCCCUACGGAGGUCAAGGAGUGGUUCCUCGACACCGACCUAAAAGUCGGCGGGUCGGUGUGCAUCUUCAACAAGCGCUUCCUGCUUUACGACUGCGACGAGUUCACCAAAAACUACUACAGGGAAAACUACUGCAUCACCGACUUCACACCCGUCGAUGUUUCUCGCCGAGCCCAGGGCCUCGAAAAGAAGGUGGCCCGACCUCCUCCAAACCCCGAGCCACUAGUGCUCAAGACACCGGAGAAGGACUACAUGAAGUACCUCGAGAACGAUGGCAUCAUCCUGCGCUUCGAAGCGGAACUGGAGUCACAGAAGCCUUACCACCGGGAGCGCCGCUUCAUCAUCUCCUACUACCCGUCCGACGACACCAUCUCUAUCUACGAGCGUGUCCUGCGCAACUCGGGCGUCAUUGGCGGCAAGUUCCUGCACCGCAUGAUGGUGGAGAAGCCGGAGAGCACAAAGGAGGACCCCGUCUAUUUCACGCUGCGAGACUUCUGCAUCGGCACAACGCUGCAAGUCUACAAUCACCGUUUCAAGAUCGUCAACGCAGACCGCUUCGUGCUGACGUUCCUGGAGGCCAACCCGUGCGGACUGGAGGGCACCAUCGCCAACCUGAAUCAGUUUUUCCAGGCGCACCCGGCGCCGCAGCCGGUGUGCACCUCCGAAGAACAGGCGGAGAGCGACGAGCGUGCUCCGGCCGGCGGCGGAGGCCUCGAGGUCAGGGAGGUCUCCGUCAUGCCAGACAUGAGCCAGCCGGAGUACCGCUCGCCCAUGGAGAAGUAUCUCGACGAGAAGCGGCGCACCGAGGUCGAGAUCGAGCACAACAAGGCGCGGGCGGAGGGCUUGGCCCAGACGUGCUCCGAGCUGAAGCAGAAGACGCUGGCGCCGCGGAAGGUCACUUUCUGCGAGGAGGCGGUGCAGCGGUGCGAAUGAUGACACCGGGACGGCAGCCCUCGGCGGGAUGAAGCCGGACAGCUGGUGUUCCGUGAACUUCUGCGCUGGCUGUUAUGCGGCUUUCAGGACUAGGUGUAGAAUAGCGUCUGGUUCGAAGUGCAUCGAACAAUUUACCAGUGACUGCGAGCAGCGUAACUAGGUAGGUGCGAGCUCCAGCCGCAGCACAACACCAAAAUCCGCAUCAUGUCGUUGGAAACGUCAGGUAAAAGAUGUCCCGUGGCCUGUGUUUGGUCUCCCCUUGAGUUUUCUUGCUGACUAUCAACAAAACACUGCCAACGCACCAAUACACUCAACGACUAGUGA